AUGGGAGCUUUGAAUUGCCACCAGGCCCGGCAGAAGCCGGGAUCGCUGGCGAGGCCGAGACGGAAAAGAGGAGGCUCCAGUUUCCAGACGAACAGACUGCUGCAGCUGGCACCAAACAUCCUCUCUGAUGUCCUUUGGGCGCUGUCUGGCUGCGCCGGUGAUUCCCGGGUCUUCAAACCUAUAAGUGCCCUACGCUGCACUGCCCGAGGGCUCCGGGAGACUCUGGACCAGUCGCAGUUUUGGCCACGCAAGGUGAACUUCAUACUCACUUCCUACAGCCCACAGAAAUUGCAAUCGGACAUCCGCAGCCUUCUGGAGCCCGUGGGCCCGCAGCUGUGCAUUCGGCUGCUUUGCUGUGCCUGGCUCUUGCAGAGCGCGCUGAGCUGUGAUUGGAUGGCCCUGCAUGAUCUGCAUCUGCUGUUGUGUGGCUUGGGCUUGCCCUGCGAGUGGAGCAUGGUGUUGGUCAUCCGGCAACUCGUAUCCUUCUCUACAGAAAUAUUCCCGCCUCCCUCGGUGCAUUGGUUGCGGGACUUGCUGGAUGGCGUUGUGAAGCCUUGGGAACAACCUAGCCGGCCGCCCCGUGCCCAUGAUGUGGAAGGGCUCCGGGAAUGGCUGCAGCGGAAUCUUUCGGAAGAGGUUUGGCCUUGGAAGCAGCUGGCUGGGACAACUCCUUUCUACGACGAUACGCUGAGCAAGAAGCACCAGAUGAAGUAUGCAGGAAAGACGGUGAAAGUGGCAACCUGGGUGCUCCUCACACGUGAGCUCUUCGCUGAGAAGGCAUUGGAAGGUCGGCCGCCCGAGCCCCGGGCCGAAGCGUUUUCUCUUCGCGGGAAGGCCAAGCUGCGUGGCGAUCGGCUCAGCCAGGUUUGGAUGCUUCCUUUGCUGCUUGCAGAGCCUCUCCGGCGCCGGAAACCCGAGAUCACAACAGGCUGCUGGAGCGGCUUGGCUCUGACAGAACUCCACAUGCAGGACCCGCGCAACAGCAACAACACUUCUGGUUUCGUCGCGGCACUUCGAUUCCCAGAGCUUUCGCUGGACCGCUGGUGGAUCCACUCACAGCGAGGCCUCAGCAGCAGCAUGGGUGGCUCGAAGUGGGUCCAGCUCGAUGCCAGGUUGGAUGCAGCAUCUGGCGUCUACUCGGGUCAGUGGGUCGAAGAGGGCCUCUGCCGGCCGUUGGACUGCACCGCCUUCACUCUGGCCGACUCCCGCGCCAGCUUCAUCUCCAUGAUUUCUGAUGAGGCUCCCUCUAAGGGCCUGAUCGAGCUUUUCGGCCUUGCUACCACGCGGCAUGAGGACAACACUGUGCUCAGGUGCUUCUACCUCGCCCGCUGUUUGGCAGACAUCAGGUCGUGA